AUGGCGGCAAAGGGAAGCGAAGAGAAGACGCAGUUUCAAGAGAUGGAGGAGGAGACGACAGCUGGAUUGGAAAGAGAAAUGGAGUCUGAUCAGGAAGAAGGAAUGGGGGUGGAAGAUUCUUCUGAGGAUGAAGAUGGUUCCUCUGAGGAUGAGAAAGAAAACGAGGCUGAAAUUCAGCGUUUAGAAGAACAGCUAUCCAUCAAUGUAUUCGAUUACAACUGCCACGUGGACCUGAUCAAGCUGCUGAGGCAGGAGGGUGAGCUGCUCAGACUGCGCAGGGCAAGGCAGAAGAUGAGUGAGCUUUUCCCUUUGACAGAAGAGAUCUGGCUGGAUUGGCUCAAGGAUGAGAUACGGAUGAUAGAGGGGGAGCCCAACCGUGAGAGUGUGUAUGACCUGUUUGAGAAAGCUGUGAAAGACUACAUCUGCCCUGAGAUCUGGCUGGAGUAUGCCCAGUACUCCAUUGGGGGGAUGGGGUCAUCUGGUGGGAUUGAUCAGGUGCGGUCCAUCUUUGAGCGAGCCCUGACAUCAGUUGGCCUGCACAUAACCAAAGGAGUUGCUUUGUGGGAGGCCUACCGGGAGUUUGAGAAUGCCAUCCUGGCAACAGUGCAGCCACCCCCAGGCAGUGUUCCCACUCGCGAGCAGCAGGAGCUGCUAAAUGUUCAGCUUGAGCGAAUCCACACACUGUUCCGCCGCCAGCUGACCAUUCCUUUAAUGGACAUGGAGGCUACAUAUGCAGAAUACGAGGACUGGUCUGACAGAGGUGUCCCAGAAGAAGUUACGUACCAAUACAAGAAGGCUGUCCAGCAGAUGGAGAAGAACCGGUCCUUCGAGGAAGCUCUGCUGGUGGCAGAGACCCCUAAACUGGCUGAGUACCAGGCCUACAUCGACUUUGAGCUGAAGGAGGGGGACCCCGCCCGCAUUCAAGUCAUCUUCGAGCGGGCGUUGGCCGAGAACUGCCUGGUACCCGACAUGUGGGCCAAAUACACCCGGUACCUGGAUAGACAGUUAAAAAUACGCUGCGUGGUUCUGUCGUGUCACGAGCGGGCGGUCCGGAACUGUCCCUGGACUAUGAGCCUGUGGAAAAACUACCUGCUAGCCCUGGAGAGACAUGGAGCGGAGCAUCAGACUGUGGAAGAGGUCUUUGAGAAGGCCCUGAAUGCAGGGUUCAUUCAGGCGACCGAUUACGUGGACAUUUGGCAGGCGUACCUGGAUUACCUGAGAAGGCGUGUGGAUUUCGCUAAAGAAUCCAGCAAAGAGCUGGAGGAGCUGCGAGCAGCCUUCAGCCGAGCUCUGGACUACAUGAAGCAGGACGUGGAAGAGCGGUUUAGUGAAAGUGGGGACCCCUCCUGUACCAUAAUGCAGAUCUGGGCACGGAUAGAGGCCUUGCACUGCCGGAACAUGCAGAAAGCCCGGGAACUGUGGGACACCAUCAUGACGAAAGGGAACGCCAAAUACGCUAACAUGUGGCUGGAGUAUUACAAUCUGGAGCGGUCUUACGGUGACGUGGUUCACUGCAGGAAGGCUUUGCACCGGGCAGUCCAGUGCACAGCAGACUACCCUGAGCACGUGUGCGAGGUUCUGGUCACAUUUGAGAGGGUGGAGGGCACCCUGGAGGACUGGGAUGUAGCGGUGCAGAAGACAGAGACUCGACUGGCCAGACUCCAGGAGCAGCGAAACAAGGCAGCUGAGAAGGAAGCCCUGCUGGCCCAGCAGGAGGUGGAGCGGGUGGAACAGCGCAAGAAGGCCAAGGCUGAGAAGAAGGCCCAGAAGAAGGUGCAGAGGACUGGCCGGGCGGGGGGGAAGAGGAAGGCGACGGAGCAAGAGGAGGAGGAAGGGGAGGACUGGGGGGAGCAGUCAGAACAACCUGUGAAGAAGCAUAAAGGGGAGGAGGCCCCCGGCAUGAGUGAGGCAGAGGAGCUCAUGGAGACAGAGGGUGGGUUCACGGGACUAACAGCGCGGAAACUGGCGCCCCCCACUGGCAACAAGAGAGAGGUGCGGGAGGUGGCAGAGGCCGCCCGCAGGGUGCAGAAUGCUACGCAGGACCAGCGGGAUGACCAGACGAGCGUCUUCGUCAGCAACCUUGCCUUCACCUUGGAGGAGCCCGAGACGAAGCUGAGGGAGCUGUUCCAGAGCUGCGGCUCGAUCCAGCAGGUCCGGGCCAUCUACAACAACAAAGGAACCUUCCGGGGAUACUGCUAUGUACAGUUUGAGGAUCAGGCAUCAGUCGCCCUGGCGCUGAAGCUGGAUCGGCAGGAUGUGGAGGGCAGGCCCAUGUUCGUUUCCCCUUGUGUGGAUAAGAACAAGAACCCCAACGUCAAGAUUUUCAAGUAUAGCACAGCUCUGGAGAAACACAAGAUCUUUGUUUCCGGUCUUCCGUUUGGCUGCACCAAGGAGCAGUUGGAGGAGGUGUGCAAAGAGCACGGCACAGUCAAGGAUGUCCGCCUGGUCACCAACCGGUCUGGAAAGCCCAAGGGCCUGGCGUAUGUGGAGUUCGAAGACGAGGCACAGGCAUCAACCGCUGUACUGAAGAUGGACGGGAUGACCUUCCUGAGCCACACCCUGACAGUGGCCAUCAGCAACCCCCCCCGUCGGAACGUGGCUGAGAAAUCAGACCUGAGCAAAAGCCUGGGCUCUAUGAUGCCACGCCAAGUCUAUGGAUCGAGAGGGAAAGGCCGUACCCAGCUGUCCAUGCUUCCACGCGCUCUGAACCGCCAGGCAGCUCCGGAGCUUAAGGUGGAGAAUGGAACCGUGCAGAAUGCAGAGGCAGCGGGCGAGUCCGGGUUGGAAACGCAGAGCAAGCCUCUGUCAAACGCCGAUUUCGCUAGGCUCCUGCUCAAGAAAUGACCUGUUCAGAUUUGUGGAGAGAGAGAGAAGGAAAUAACUGCCUUUUUAAUGGAAACCAUUUUGUGUCCUUAAAAGAAAAAUAAUAAAAAAAAAAAUGUAAUUUAGUUGUAAAUAUUUGAAUCCCCCCCCCUCCCUUUACGUGGCCUAUCCUAUAAGCAAACGCCUUAAUUAACCAGGGCUCCCUCCUUGCCUCCUCUCCCUCCCCCAGAAGUAUGAGAAUCAGCCACUUCUUUUGGAUGUUAGUCUGGCUGAGGAAAUCUGUUUUAAUUGCAAGGUUUUAUGAAAAUUAUUUUAAAGUGUGCAUGUAAUGUGCCACACCCCAGUUGUUUAAGAUGGGUUGUGUUCUCUAGGAUUGAAGACUGAAAGGCUUGGAUACGAUCCCUGUAGAGGCUUUGGGGUUUGGUCCUGUUGUUUUGAGGUUGUAAAUCUACUCUUGUGGAUUGUUUUUGAUUUAAGGAUAUAUGCAAGAACUUCAUUUUUACUGAGAAUAUAAAUGUAUUAUACAGUGUAUAGAAGAACGAUGAUGGUGGUGAGGCAUCUCUCACACUUGGUCUAAAUAUGGCACUGAUGCGCCUGUUUUGCUUUAGUCUUGCAGGCUGGCAGGUUUGGGCCAGUGCUGGGCUCCCGUCCAUUUUGCAGAAACUACCUGGACUGCUCUCACAGAAACUUAGCAGCAGCAAUCCCAGCUCAGCUGACACAUAGCCCCCCCCCCCCCCCCCCCAGAAAAUAAGAUUUUGAUUGGAGAUGUGUCAGAGUGCGGCUGUGCAGUGGAGGCUCUGCACGUUAACUUUUAAUUGUUACUGGUAGUGGGUGUUCAGAUUGCGUGUGUGUGUCCCAGAAGUCUGCAUGUAAAGGCUGAUAAUGACCAUCUCUCACAUUGAGGGCGUUUACAUUUAAAGGUAAAAAGCAGGAAUCAUAAGCCCCGCCCCCUUUUCCCUCCCACUCUCCGCACGCGUUCUUGUAAGCACCACCUACCUGUUAAUCCCAGACUCCUACAGAUUUUUUUUUUUUUUAUUAUUUCUGCCCACAUUUCUGCAGUGCAUGUAUGCGUAAUUCUGCCUUAUGCGUAGGCCUCACAGUAAUAGCCAUAAACGGAUGGAUGGAUUGUAGUUAACACUGUGAAACUGACACAUUUUGGAGGCAUCGCUGGGGACGAGGCAAAGGUGUGACGGUGAUUUAUUUUUGAUGACACACACGCUGAAAGUCGAGUUCCUCAGCCACCAUUCCCGCACCCUAACCCUCGUGAAUCUAUGCAGCUGUAUAUCGCAAACGAGACCCUUCUGCGUGCUGAUCCUUCUCUAACUGUACAGAAAAUCGCUCUAUCCGUGACCGUGAGUUAUAACUGUAUGCUUGAGCUGUCUACCUGUAGAAUGUGAGUCCCCAAUUUCUCUGAUGUAAGGACCUCAAAGCGGUGAAUGCGUACAUAGGUUUUGAACACAUGGACAACGAUUCUUUUGUGUAUGUAUAUAUAUAUUUUUGUUUUUCACAGAACUAUCUGAAACAUAUUUUGUGUUUGUGGUCACCCAAACAAUUCCUUCUAUACUAGUAUCACCAGUGAGCCUUUCAUCAUUUUAAAGGAGGCUUUUUUUUUUUUUGUGGUCAGGUGUUCAGUGUUCACAUCCCAAGUGAUUGGCCAUAGUUUUCUAUAGCAUUUGUAUGUUUUAAGAGAGGAAAAGGACAUUUAGCUAAAUCUAGUGAUGUAUCACCACAGUGGCCUAUUUUAGUAAAGAGAAAAUGUGUUUUAAAGUUAUUUGAUGUCCAUUAUUAAAAAAGGUGAAAUUGUACAAAAUUUAAAAGUUUAUUUUUUGUUAAUAUGUUGGGUAAAUUGGUCUUUGAAUGCUUGAAAAUGUACUGGAAGCUUUCAUUUACCAAAAUGUUUUUUUUGUGUGUUUGAGAAGUUGUACAAGGACCAUGUGUCUAAUUUCCUGCUGUUUUUCUAGCAAUUUAUUCUUUUUGUUGAUCUAUAACUGUAUAAUUUUUUUUGCGCCUAAAUGCUUCAUUAAAAGCAAUUAAAUGUG